CUUUGCGGAAGUGUACAUUGGGAAGGAGUUUGUUUCUUCUUACUUUCGUCAAUAUAGGAUGUUUUGGUCAUUUUAAGGGUGAUUGGCUGGUGAUUUAUGGAUGAGAAGAUGGAUGAAGAGGCUUUAUCUCGUAAUAAUGAGGUCUGUCAAAUGUUGCGUCAGUCCCUAUUGGAAAUCUGUAGAAACCACUACACAGCUUUGGCAGACAUGGAGGUGGACGCAAUUAUAUGUCUGUCUGCAAUCAACUCCUCCCAACAAAAUAUUGUAAAAAUACACCAAGUUGUGCCUCGGGAAAACUUCAAAAAUACUUCAACAAAUGGUAUCCAUGCCUCUAAAGUGGAAAGUAAUCUAGGAAUUGCCAGAGGAAUUCAAAUGCAAAUCAAGAAACGUAAGCGCCUAAUGUGUAGACAGAAACAUAAUUUCAGGGUAAAACUAAACGCUGCCAAAGUAGAUGCUGGAUCAUCAAGUCUGAUGAAGCCAAGUAGUGAAACCAAUAAAUCCAGUUCAAGUAGGAGAAAAAUGAAGAAAAGUUCUGUGACCCAGUAUCAACCCUGGAGUGAAACGAAAUCUUCAUCAAUGUCCAUUGAUGAAACUAAUAGCGCUGAAAAUACAUUAUUUGUAACUAGGGAUAAACAGGGACGCUUGUUAAGGGUCAGUCAACUCCAAGUAAAACCUCAGGGGGACCAUCCAGGAAACGAUGAGGAGGAGGAACUCCAAGAUGGCUGCAAUUCUUCAACAGAGGAAAAAGUAGCCAUAAAAGAAGAACCUAUUGAUGAUGAUUAUGGAGAUAAUGAUACUGUUGGUUGUGGACAAAUGGACAAAAAUGAGAACCGUUCUGAAGCUAUGAUCGGGAAAAGUGACUCUGAUUCUCAGGAUAUUAUACCAUCAUUAGUACCAAAGCUUGGCCAUCGGCGAAGAGAACCAAGAGGCAAAUUUAUGAUUUACAACAAGGAAUUAGGAACUGUUGAGACUGAAGCAGUUGAAUCACAAUCCACUGAUGACCAAGAUGAGCAAGAUAUGGAUGAAGAUGAAAGAGAAACAUCAAAAAGUCAUGACUGUACUGAAAAUUCCAGUGAAUCGUUUGUCGUGAAAACAGAACCAGAGGAUCCAGAAUAUAACAGGCCUGUGAUCGAGAACCCUCCUAUGAUAAUACAAUCUGUCCAAGGAAACACAGCUUUCGAGGUGGGUAAAACCACUAAUCAGGUCUCUCUAUUGAGGAAUUGCCUCAUAAAAACAGGAAAUGAUCAAGAAGUAAAAAUGUCAUCCAUGUUUCUGGACAGUGACAGAAAUUCUCAGCUUACAAAAUUUCCCACAGACAAUGACUGUGAUCUUCACUACACAAGUCCAUCAACAUCUGUAAUUGAUUUUUCUGCCAGUGGUGGUAAUGACUGGAAGAAAGGUUACUCGUUGUUGGGUGAGGAGAGGUCGGAUGAUGAGGGCUUGUCCCAGUCUAGUGGCUGUGAUACGCCUUUUGCCACAUCAAACAGGGAACCAGCAGUGCUUAGGCGGACAAAAAAGAAGAAAGUGACAGAACCCAAACUUGUUUCCCUCCUUCAUAAACCAACAGUCAUGGAGACUACAAGUUCAGGAUUGGUUGGUGCGAUGGGGCAAUCUCAUUUAUCUCCCCUUAGGAUCUCCGGUUUAGACAACUCAACAAAAUCUAAUAUCUCUAGUCCAGUUAAUUACUCGUCCUCAAAUCAGAACUUUGAUGACAGCGAUCCUAUAAUUAGGGGAGAAAUUAAACAGUUUUAUUGUGAAAAAUGUGGCACAGGAUUUGCUUCCAGAAAAUCUAAAAUGAGACAUGAAAAGUUUACAUGCGGAAAUCACACAUUCGAAUGUUCAGUGUGUGGAAAGUUUUACUCACGGGCAGACAGUAAACAAAGACACAUGCUGAAGAUGCACGGAGUUAAGAUCAUGCCGUCACAGCUGGGGAUAGAUCCACUUGACAUGAACAGUUCUGAAAAUUUAGAUGACAAUAUGACUUGGUUGUGAUUAUACAAGGCACCGAUAUCCAGUAUUUAUAUAAUUUCUUCUAUUUGUUUGUACUGUUUUCUUCCUUAUUCUCUGCAGUGAUUUUAGUACAGGCAAAUUGUUAGUAAGAAAUGGAAGAAAGAGUCAAGUUGAAGUUAUUUUCCUUAUUUAUUCUAUUUAUUUAUUUUCUUAAUGAAGUUGGGAUAAAUUAGCUGCCCAUGCCCCAGCUCAGACAGAACUUGUUUCAAGUAGUAUAUAAUGUGUAGGGAAUGUAUAACUUUUCUUACAAAAAAAUCAUGAUAUUGCAAAGAACUUUGGAAACAGUACUGACAAAUCUGUUUUAAUUUAUAAAUCAAAAGGCCAACCUAUUGGCUGUUUAUUGGUGAUGCGCGCUAUCCCAUAAUUUUACAUACACAUAUCAAUUUUCAUUAUUAAACAAUAUGCAUAGCAUGUAUUCAUGAUUUACGAUGAGAUCAAUGAUAUUGAUUUUACAAGGCAGGGUAUACAAAACAGCAGUCGACCCCAACAUCCAAGAUGGCACACUGAUAUAUAUAUAUUUCUGGUUUUUCUAUUGCCGAAUGGGGGAAAUUGGGCAAAGUUUGAUAGACUUAUAUUUUUGUCUUUAUGUCUACAUUGCAGUACUAGUCUUUGUACCUAGUUUUCCGGCAGCAUGUGGCUAAAUCAAUUGGAGAAAUUACAGUGAUUUAAUAAAAAUUGGGAAGAUGUUUCUAUUCUUUAUGGGAGUUUUCUCAUGUACAUGUAUCUUUUAGCUAGGGGAAACAGCCUGUUUUACACGGUAAAAUUUUAGUAAGUGCUGUAAUCAAUAUUGUUAGCUGUUAACAAUGUACUUCAAAUCAAAAGAGAAAUUUGAUAACUGUACAAAAUAUGGUCAUCGGAUAUUUAUAUUUUUCGUGUUGCUUUAUUAUUAGUUUAAACAAUAUUUUAUUCAAAUACACUUACACACUACAUCACUUAAUACAUAUAACAUCUAUAUCAGUAGGAUAAAAAAAAACAAGUUAUAAGCUUAUAUCAAUUCCUCUAUAUACCCGGUAUAUACGGUACUGGGUACUGGUAAUAGCUAUAGGUAAAAGGUCGAGAUAAUGCCAUCGGUCAGAGUAUUUUAUGCAAUUAAAAUAAUCAAAUUAAUAUAUAUGGUACAAGUAUUUUGUUAAUAAAUAUAUACAUUGUAUAUGAAAAUUCAAACCAGAUAAUUUAGGAAAUUUACAAAUUGUUUUAAAAAAGUACAAAAUGCAUUAUUCACUUACUGUUUUUGUUUUUGAAGCAUGAUGUUUGAAUCCUCUAAUUUAUUUUGAAGUUUGGCUAUAUUAUGUCCCUCAAAAUGUCUAGUGUUAGGACAGGAGUAAACUAUUACAUACACAUUUAACAAAAAUCUACAUCCAGACACAUUGUGUGUUAGACAUAUCUCCUGUUGUGUAAUUUCUGUAUAAAUACACUGAGUUAUGUAUUCAUUGUCUAACUUAUCUUUUAAUUUGAGCAAAAUCAGGUCAUCAAGACUAAUAUUGACAUCAGAUGGUGGCUGAUAUUAACAUCAGAUGAUCGCUAUUCAGAUCUUAUGAAUUAAAAUUUAUAAUUCUUGUUAUUGCUAUUUCUCAGGAAUGAUUGGACAGGUAUUUCUCAUAUUCCAUAUUUAGGUUCCCUUGGCCAUUAUAUUGGCACGCAUGUUUACUAUUGAGAAUGAAUGUAGAAUAAAACGGUUGUCAGCUUGAAGGCAGCUAUCGGAUAUUUCGGCAUUUAAAAGUUUGUACAUUUACAUUCUAGUCAACAUUGAAUAUCAUAUUGGAUCAAACACAGAGAAAAGGUAAAGUUUACAUUCCUGAUGAUGAUCUACAUUGAUGGGUAUAAAACGUUAACAGUACUGAAGUAUUGUCUGGUAAAAAAGUAUCAGGACCUCGACACUGUCACCAGUUGCUAGUCACAAAAAUAACUAAUCUUUAAAGGUUUUUAUCAAAUCUUUAUCAAGGUGUGUUUCAAUGGAACUCAUCAUGUAUAGUCUGGUCUUUCCUUUUGUGGUCGCCUUAAAUCUUGUCUUUCCUUUUGUGAUCUCAUCAAAUCUUGUCUUUUCUUUUAUUUUGUGGUCUCCUCAGAUUUUGUCUUGUCUUUCCUUUUGUGGUCUCCUUAAAUCUUGUCUUUCCUUUUAUGGUAUCCCCAGAUCUUGUCUUUCCUUUUGUGCUCUCCUCAGAUCUUGUCCUUCCUUUUGUGGUAUCCCCAGAUCUUGUCCUUCCAUUUGUAAUCUCCCCAGAUCUUGUCCUUCCUUUUAUGGUAUCCUCAGAUCUUGUCCUUCCUUUUGUGGUAUCCCCAGAUCUUGUCUUUCCUUUUGUGGUAUCCCCAUAUCUUGUCCUUCCUUUUGUGGUAUCCUCAGAUCUUGUCUUUCCUUUUGUGGUGUCCCCAGAUCUUGUCCUUCCUUUUGUGGUAUCCCCAGAUCUUGUCCUUCCUUUUGUGGUGUCCCAAGAUCUUGUCCUUCCUUUUGUGGUAUCCCCAGAUCUUGUCCUUCCUUUUGUGGUGUCCCAAGAUCUUGUCCUUCCUUUUGUGGUAUCCCCAGAUCUUGUCCUUCCUUUUGUGGUAUCCCCAGAUCUUGUCUUUCCUUUUGUGGUCUCCUUACAUCUUGUCUUUCUUUUUGUGGUAUCCCCAGAUCUUGUCCUUCCUUUUGUGGUAUCCCCAGAUCUUGUCCUUCCUUUUGUGGUGUCCCAAGAUCUUGUCCUUCCUUUUGUGGUAUCCCCAGAUCUUGUCCUUCCUUUUGUGGUAUCCCCAGAUCUUGUCUUUACUUUUGUGGUAUCCCCAGAUCUUGUCCUUCCUUUUGUGGUAUCCCUAGAUCUUGUCCCUCCUUUUGUGGUAUCCCCAGAUCUUGUCCUUCCUUUUGUGGUAUCCCCAGAUCUUGUCCUUCCUUUUGUGGUAUCCCCUGAUCUUGUCCUUCCUUUUGUGGUAUCCCCAGAUAUUGUCCUUCCUUUUGUGGUAUCCCCAGAUCUUGUCCUUCCUUUUGUGCUCUCCUCAGAUCUUGUCUUUCCUUUUGUGGUAUCCCCAGAUCUUGUCCUUCCUUUUGUGGUAUCCCCAGAUCUUGUCCCUCCUUUUGUGGUAUCCCCAGAUCUUGUCCUUCCUUUUGUGGUAUCCCCAGAUCUUGUCCUUCCUUUUGUGGUAUCCCCUGAUCUUGUCCUUCCUUUUGUGGUAUCCCCAGAUCUUGUCCUUCCUUUUGUGGUAUCCCCAGAUCUUGUCCUUCCUUUUGUGGUAUCCCCAGAUCUUGUCCUUCCUUUUGUGGUAUCCCCAGAUCUUGUCUUUACUUUUGUGGUAUCCCCAGAUCUUGUCCUUCCUUUUGUGGUAUCCCCAGAUCUUAUGUUUUCCAUUUAUUUGUCAUUUCCUAAGAUUUGGUGUCUGUCUUGGUUUACCUUACUUUUUGCAUUAGUUACAAUUUAAGUAUGCACAGUGAACUGUGACAAUGGCAGGAUGCCUGUUCUAUACACUGUUUGUGUUUUAUGUAGGCUUUGGUGCCUAAUGUUAGGUGUUAUUUUGUAGUUUAUGUUAAACAUUGAAGUAGAUAUACAAUAUUUGCUAUUACAUGCAGAUCUCAUCGACAAAUGCUAGGUUUGCUAUUUGUGAAUGUUCUGAAACAGAAUGAGGUUCAGAUUAUUUAAACAUAAGAAUUAUUAUGAGGAUCUCAAUGUGUGCUGCUCAUUAUCACCAACACUAUAUCGGACAACAAUUUCUCACCAUUGUUGGGACAUGAUUAUAAAAGUAAUAACAAUGCUAAUUGGAAUGUAAUAAGAGGGAGUAAAAGGACCCAGUGCCCAGUACAUUGGGCCCCAAACUAUAGCAUCCAACCACUAAAGGCUAAAGGGAAAUCCCACUUGUCUGAACUAGUAAGGACAUGUAUCCCUCCUUCACAAAGUUUUUGUCCCUGAAGUCAACCACAACCCAGGUUCUAUAGCUCCAAGGAAGCCUCUCAAUCUCCCAGAUUUCAAUACUGUAGUACCAAAUCUGUAAUAUGAAGGAGUAAUGAAAUAUACCCCGCACAUGCAGGGCUUCAAACUACCGACCUCUCACUCUCUAGGCAAACAUCCUACCACUAGGCUAAAGGGAAAUUCCUGCUAGUCUGAGCUAGUAAGGUGAUCUAUACACAAACAAUAAUUACAAUAGUUACAGGUAUUUUGUAUAGUGAUAUAGAAGCAUGAAGUAAAAGUCUUGUUAGCUUAACUGAGGCCAUCGUAUUGAUCUUCUGAAUAUUUCAUUACAUAAAAUCAAAGUGUCAUAGUAUGAAUGUGAUCUGUUUAUGUAUAAGUAUUCAAUGCAUAUAGUGUAUCUCAUUUAUGUGAAUAUCCUGAAGUGAAUAGUGUUCAGUUUCGCACUUACAUGCAGUUCCGAGGGGCCACGGUGGCCGAGUGGUUAAGGUGUCCCGACACUUUAUCACUAGCCCUCCACCUCUGUGUUGCGACUUCAAAACCUAUGUGGGGCAGUUCCCAGGUACUGACUGUAGGUCGGUGGUUUUCCUCCCGGUACUUCGGCUUUCCUCCACCUCCAAAUCCUGACACAUCCUUAAAUGACCCUGGCUGUUAAUAGGAUGUUAAACAAAAACAAAACCAAAACCAAACAUGUAGUUCCUGGUAUGAUAAGGCCUAUAACUGUGAAAUUGACUUGGACAACAUUUAUCACUAUUUCCUACAGUGACAACAUUUAUCAUUAUUUCCUACAGUAACAAAUAGGAUAUUCAUAUAGUUCUCCACUUAGACUGCCAAUAAUCCUCUUUUGAAACAUCCGACUUGAUUUCACAAUAGUCAGAAUAUCAAUUAUUUUACUGUACUCACGAUUAUUGGGAAGUGGUAAUGAAUGCCUUCAUCUAUUACUACAGUCUGAUAAUGAUGUAAGGGAAAUAGAUAGGUGUGAGGUAAUAAAACAUCGGGCAUUCAGUAUUGUACACAACAGGUAAAUAUGAUUUCUAAGAUAUUGUAUACACCAGGUAAAUAUGAUUUCUAAGUUAUUGUACACAACAGGUAAAUAUGCUUUCUAAGAUAUUGUAUACACCAGGUAAAUAUUAUUUCUAAGAUAUUGUAUACACCAGGUAAAUAUGAUUUCUAAGAUAUGGUAUACACCAGGUAAAUAUGAUUUCUAAGAUAUUGUAUACACCAGGUAAAUAUGAUUUCUAAGAUAAGUCAUCCAAUCCAUGCAGACCUAUAGAGAGUUACCUUUGUCUAUAUGAUCUGGUUUUGUACCUACAUGAUUGAAAACUGUUAAAUUAGGCUGGUCCAGCUGCAGGUGUACAAAUUUUCAAUUUUGUAUAUCAUUUUUUGUGACCAAGGUUGAAAUUAUUAAUAAAUUAUUUCAAAUAAUUUGA